CCUUUAAACAGCUGGAGUACAUAUUGGCCAAAGAAAUUCUAUCCACAACCCCACUGUUGGACAGAAAUCUAUCCGCAAUUGUGUUUAGUCCAACACCCUUUAAGUUCAUAAAGCAGAUAUUUUCAUCCCUCUUCUAGUUUCUUCAACUAACAAAGCAUUCUGUUCAUUGCCUCGAGUCUUCAAUCACUUGAGUAGGGAUCGAUGGCUGAAUUUCUUACAUUUGCUGCCCAGGAAAUGCUGGCCAAAGUGGCUUCACUUGCCGCUCAAGAGUUCAAUCUUGUGUGGGGAUUCAAUGGAGAAGUAACAAAGCUGGGUGAUUCAUUGCUUGUGCUUGAAUCUAUGCUACGAGAUGCUGAACAUCCGCAACAAGAUCAGAGAGAGGCUGUGAAGCAGUGGGUGAAGAAGCUUGAAGUCAUAGUUCAUCGUGCUGAUGAUCUGUUGGAUGACUAUGGAUAUGAGCUUCUCCGGCGUCAGGUGGAACUGCGAAACCAGAUGAAGAAAAAGGUUCAAGAUUUCUUUUCCCUCUCCAAUCCCAUUGUAUUUCGUGUUAGAAUGGCACAUAAAAUUAAGAAGAUCAACACAUCUUUAGAUGAUUUGUAUAAAAUGGCAAGUGCUAUUGGGUUGGCUGCUAGGCUAAACUCAGAUGCAACAACAUCCCAUGAUAUAAGAAUUAGCAGGGAAACCUAUCCGAGCUUUAAUAUAGAUGAAAAUAAAAUCAUUGGAAGGAAGGAGGUUGUGUCUGAUAUAGUGGAAGCCUUGACCACCUCAAGCAAAAAACAAGAAAAUGAUUUAUCUGUUAUGGCCAUUGUGGGAAUGGCAGGACUAGGGAAGACAACUUUAGCUAAAUCUGUGUACCAUGAUGAUAAGAUAAACAAACACUUUCAUGAAAAAAUAUGGGUUUGUGUAUCCACCCCUUUUGAAGUCAAUUUGAUUUUAAAGGGGAUAUUGGAGUUUCUUAAACCAGAAAAUGCUGCUGUACAAUCUAUAGGUGCAAUGUGUAGAAUCCUCAAAGAAAACUUACAAGGAAAAAAGUACCUUCUUGUGCUUGAUGAUGUUUGGAAUGAAGAUUCUCAAAGAUGGGAUGAUCUGGUCAGUUGUUUGCUAAGAGUCACUGAUGGUGAAGGAAGCAGCAUCAUUGUGACUACCCGCAGUGAGAAAGUUGCAAAAAUGGUAGAGACUCUUCCGAGGCAUGAUUUGAGAAAACUAUCAGAUAAUGAAUGUUGGGUCAUACUAAGGGAUAGAGCAGUUCCAGUUGAAAGUGAUCCUAUGCCUCAAGAUCAAGAGAGAAUUGGAAGGGAGAUUGCCAAAAAGUGUGUAGGUGUACCAUUAGUGGCAAAGGUCUUGGGAAACAUUAUGCGUUCUAAAACGAUUGUUGGAUGGAAAUCAAUUGUGGAAAGUGAAAUAUGGGAUUUACCAGAAGAAGAAAAAAGAAUCUCGUCAAUUUUGAAGUUGAGUUUUGAUGAACUGAAAUCUCCAUCGUUGAAACAAUGUUUUGCAUAUUGCUCAAUGUUCAUCAAAGAUUUUGAAAUGGAAAAGGAUGAUUUGGUCCAACUUUGGAUGGCUCAAGGAUGGCUUCACUCUUCUCCCACCAAAAGUAACCUGGAGAUGGAGGAUAGAGGUAACGAAUAUUUCAAUAUUUUAUUAGAAAAGUCCCUUUUUCAAGACAUUACAAGGGAUUCCCAUGGUAAUAUUAUCAAAUGUAAGAUGCACGAUCUUGUGCAUGAUCUUGCAGAACGUGUGUCAAAUGCAAUGAACACACACUCACUUUUUUUGAAGGAAGAAGUCUUUGAGAACAACUUGCAUAGCUAUAAAUCUUUACGUGUCUUAAAUUUAUACAAGGCAGACAUUGACAAGUUGCCAAUUUCAAUUGGAAAGUUGAGACACUUGAGGUAUUUGAAUGUUAUGAAAACAAAUGUCAAAGCUUUUCCCAAAUCAAUUGGUCAACUUUACUACCUGCAGACAUUAAAAAUGCCUUAUCACAUUGAAGAGUUCCCAAGAGAAAUUGCAAGUUUGACCAACUUGAGACAUAUUUAUUUUGGUAAAUUUGUGAAAGUUCCUGCUGGGCUAUUGGGAAGAUUGACUAAUCUCCGAUCAUUACCUUCUCUAAGAGUGGGUGAGGAGACUGGUUCUGGGAUUAAGGAGUUGGGUGGUUUAAUCCACUUGCGGGACACCUUGUCUAUUUAUAGUCUGGAACAUGUGAGAGAUGGAGAAGAAGCAGAGAAAGCAAAGUUAGCUGAGAAGGAACACAUACGCAAGUUAACUCUUGAGUGGAAGCUGAGUAGACCAAGCAACAAUGUUGAGAAUGAAGAAGGUGUUCUUGAAGGGCUGCAACCGCAUUCUAAUUUGGAAUUUUUGGAGAUUAAGGGGUUCAUGGGUGCCAAGUUUCCAUCAUGGUUAUUGCCGUCCGACAACUUGAAAGAGAUUGAAUUAUUGGGGUGCAACAAAUGUGAAGGAGUCCCAGUACUUGGCCAUCUGCCCCAUCUUAGACAUAUUAAGAUCAAGACCAUGCAGAACCUAAGGUGUUUGGGGUCUGAGUUUUAUGGUUAUGAUCACAUAUCCAAUGUGGCUACUACGAGUGAGAAGACAAUAGUUCUGUUUCCAGCGUUGAAAACAUUGCAUAUUGAGGAGGCUGAAAAUCUAGUAGAAUGGGUGGAAGCAGAAGUGUUGCCCGGAGAAAGAUUAAGGGUGUUUCCUUGCCUUGAGGAGUUGACUCUGAAAAAGUGUAACCAGUUGAGAAGUGCUCCUAGCCAUUUUCCAUCUCUCAAAAAGUUGGUAAUGCAAGGAGUGGAUAGCAGCAUGCCAAUAGCAAGUAUUCUAAGCAAUGAACUCACCACUCUCACUUAUCUCGAAAUAGGAGCUGUCAAGAGACUUACUUGUCUGCCGGAAGGCAUGUUGGAAAACAACAAAAAUCUGGCAUAUCUGGUGAUAUGGGGUUGUGAGGAGUUAACUUGUAUUGCUCCCAAUGGGGUUCAGUACUGCUGCGAGUCUCUUCGGUCGGUGCGUAUUUGGCGUUGUACUAAUCUGAGGUAUUUACCUGAUGGGCUACGGCCUCUCUCUCUAGAGGACUUGAAAAUAGGAUUUUGCCCCCGUCUAGAGUCCAUCUCAAUCCUACACAGUGGCCUCCCAUCUCUCCGUAGAUUGUCUAUCGUUUGCUGUUAUCAGUUAUCCAGUCUAAUCACAUGCUACCUCCCAUCGCUACGUGAGUUAGAGGUGGAGUCGUGUUCUGAAUUAUCAAGCAUACCGAGUGGCUAUUGCAUCUCUCUUGAGAAUUUGACUGUGACAGGGUGCGAUAAAAUAACAUCUCUUCGGAUCGACAGCCUCACAUCCCUCCACAACUUGUCCGUAAGUAAUCUAGAGUGUCUUCCAACUUUACACGGCGGCUUCACAUCCCUCCGUCAAUUGAAAAUCGAACACUCUAAGAGUACGCAAAUUGAGGUAGAAUUUUGUGCUUCUCUUCAAAUCCUCGUCUCUCUUCAAGAGUUGCAUAUAAGAUCUUGCGAUAAUCUAGAGUCUAUUCCAAGUUUAGAAAAGCUCACAUCUCUCCGCUUCUUGCAAAUUUCUUUUUGUCCUCAAUUGAGGUGUCUACCCAGUGGGUUAGCAAUAGCAUCCCCACUCUGCCUCACUAAUUUGAAGAGCUUGGUCAUUGGUCCGUUUUGGGAUGAGCUCGAUACAUUCCCAGCUUUUCAGGCUAUACCACAGCUUGAAUCAUUAACCAUCUGGGGGUGGCCUAAGCUCAAGUCUCUCCCUGAACAAAUUCAACACUUCGCUUCUUUAACAUAUUUGAAUAUGAUAGCCUUUGAUGGUGUAGAGGCUAUUCCAGAAUGGUUAGGAAAGCUUGCAUCCCUUGAGACCUUAGUUAUUGAGGAUUGCACGAACUUGAUGUAUCUACCAUCUAUUGAAGCUAUGCAACGCCUCACCAAAUUAAACGAGAUAUACAUCUCUACAUGUCCCCUUCUGAGUGAAAGAUGCAUGGAGGAGAGCGGCCCAGAGUGGCCUAAGAUCUGUCAAAUCCCUGAUAUUUCAAUUCCUGCAGACAUGUGACACACCAACUGCAAGAAAAAUAUGUGCCUACGGGUGUGUGUCGAGUUGCAGAAUAUUACUGUUGUCCUGAGUUAAUGGUUUAGAUACAAGCAUUCCUCGUUACGUUAAGUGUCAGGUGGAAGCAAGGAGCAUCUAUGAUUAUUUUGGCAUAAUUUGUAAGUGUGUUUCUAGGAGGCUUUCACCAAACAGAGUCCAGGCAUACACAUGUUCCAUUACUACAAUGUACUAGCUUCCUUAUUAACUUAAAUGAAGAUAUAAGAAAGAGGAGAUUUGUCAACCUUGAUAGAACCCAAAUUUAAUAGUCCAAGACUCCAAGUCCCCAUUGAGCCAAACUUCUCUUUAAGUUGCUUCUUGAGACGAUGGAAUUCCUAAUUGCUGAAUUUUGAGCAUUGAAGCAAGAGCAUCCAUUAUUAUUUUUGGCAUAAUUGGGUUUAGAGGAAGUUUCGACUCAACUGGAGGAAAAUUUGUUGCGACUGGUAUUAUUUGCAGACUCCGAAUGUGAGAGUAAUUGAGGCACUUGAUUUUUUUGAAGUUCAUGCAUGGUCUUAAUGCUGGGCAAGAAGAAUAAAGCAAGCAUACCUGACCAGAGAGAUUCAGUUGUGGUGGUUUGAGGAUUUCUGUUGGGCCUCUAUACCUACCAAUUAUUUUGGUGUCCCAAGUUGUAAAGAGAGAUGAAUGUCAAGUAUUUUAGAUUUCAUGACCCAAGCUGGUGGUUUCUUCUGCGGCAAAUAUCAGACUAUUUUCCUGUGGUUAGCAGGAAAACCCACGACUUGAGUCUUCCUUGGUGCCAACUGCCAAGUCAAGCUGAUCAACUUGUUCAGAUACUAUCUCCCUCAGGUUCCCUUUCAGAUAACAGAAGCUUUCGGUUCGGAGCGUCCUUCAAAGUGCUGCAUGGAGAGCAAACCAAUGAUCAAGAUUUCGGUCAUUAUUUUGGUACCAGCCUUUUGAUGGCAUUGUUGACAUUAGAUACAAGAUCAGAUUUUGGGGAUUAGGCAUAGAAUUAAAUUGAUUUUCAAGGCAGUCCAAGUUGAUGUUCAAGCAGGUAGCUCUUUGUCUCCAGCUAGCUCUUAAACGACUCUUCAAGACCGCCUAAGCCAAUGGACAGGCCACGAUGAGACCUAUAGAGCAAGUCAAGGAGACCCAGUUCCCCAUUUUAAGGAGCUUCAAUUCCAUGCUUUAAGGGAUGAAGUUCCUUCACUUGAUCACUCCCCAUAAAAGAAACUCGCUACCUAUUCAAUGGGAUUAGAGGACUAUUUUCCACACUAUUUAGUUUUUACUCAACUUUGUCGCUGCAGUUUACUACAGCCAAACUCUAUAAUGUAACCAUAUUUCUGCAUAGUGAAACACUGAAACUAAUAACAAGCGUGACGAAGCCUUAGGCUUAAACUCUA